UCUGGUGCUGUACGUCCCAUUGGUUGCUUGAAUCAUGUGAUAUAGCUACUGCUGCAGAGCAUCUUUGUCGGCCAUUGUUACUUCACCAAGGGGUCACAACAAUUCUAUAGUUGAUUUUAUUUAAUUAUUAGAAUAUUUUUAGCAGGAUUAUGAGUAAUUUAGUGAAAGAAACUUUUGGAGUACGCUCAACCAGACCAGAAUUAGCAUGUCCAUCAUCUUCAGUUUUGCAACAGUUGGAAGACAGAGAAUGGAAAGUCAGCUUAAAGAAGAAUCUAGAAAUUGCCUCAAGAGCUGUGUAUCUAGAAGGAAAAUGUUCUGAAUCUUUGGCCGCUGCUGACUUCACUUCACCAGAAACACCGUUUUUAUUUCAGUUAGAGAAAACCAUGUUAGAUCUGUCAUCACCCUCCCUUACUGAUGGAGAGUUUUACUGCUCCUUCUUUAAGCUUGAUGAUGUUUACUACUGUAGAUUUUUUGAAAGUGGAGUUCUUCAGGGAUAUUUCUUAUCUGAGGGAAUGUCUCAGCUUAAGAAUUAUUUUGAGGAACAUCGUUUGGAUAUGACAAAACUGGUUUGGUUGCAAGUUUCCACUCAAGAUGAUAUAAAGCAGUACCACAGAAGAUACACCCUUAAGUUAGAAAGAAAAAGAAGUCAUCAUUCUUUAAGUAAUCCUGGUUCAGAUACUGGAAGACGAUACGUCAACCUUCUUGAAAGAAAUAAAACCAGUAUUCUUAAUUCCCACAGAAAGUUGAUGGCAAAGGCGCAAACCUCAACAGAAUCCUGCCAGUUACUAGGAACAGUGGUAAAUGUUAUCAAACAUGACUCGCACAAAGAAAACAAUACUCAAAAAGCCAGAUUUCUCGAAGCCUCAGGAGUCUUUCAUCCUAUUCUCCAUAUAUGGGAAAAUACCAUACAUAACUACCGUUCUAAAGGAGUCCCUGUUGAGAAUCCAGAAUUUAAAUUUAUUUUUGAUCCACCAUCCAGCUCAAAAUACACAUUAUAUGACCAGUGCAAAAUUAUUUCCUGCCUACCAAAUGACCACUAUUGGAAUGAGGGAACCCAUGCUCAUGUUGGCUAUGGUAGAAUGUUAUCUAUCCGCGAUUCCACUGAGAAAUAUAAGCCUGCUUCUCUUCGUAAUCUAAUACUUUACCAUCACAGAGAAUCCAACUACUCUGCUAUUUUUAGAUUAGUUGACAAAUUUCGUAACCCAGAGUCUUCCCCAGCAAAUUCACGCCAGAACAUCAAUGACGACAACAUCAACAUUGGGGAAAAUAUGCAAAAUUCUACUCAGAGACAAGUAAGACCUAAACGCAAAGCUUUAAAUGAAGAGGAUAUUUUAAGAAACCUUCGAACUGUUAAUCCUCUCUUUACAACACACAACAGGGCUUCAGACAAUUCCUUGUAUGAAAAGUAUAAAACAGCACAAACUGAAACUGGAGGUUUAUUUUGGCGUGUUCACGAAUCAGAUAUCGAUGUCCUCUGUUUGAAUGACGUCAACAUGACCACUGGAUGUUUAAUGGAGUCAUCUUUUGUUCACAUGACAAGGAGAAAUGUUGGGAAUGUCAACGUAUACCAUUGCACAUGUACACUCUUUGCAACUUUAUUACAGCUCGCAACAUUAGAUGAACAGCCUGACACAGAAAUAGAUUCUAUUAACAUCAAAUGCUGCCAUAUAAGGUAUUUCAAAGAAAUUAUUGAACCUGAUUAUCCCAUCUACUUCAGCACAGAAGUUUUUACAUCACCAACAAAAUCUCAGAAAAGUAUAAUGUUAUCUUUGGCUGCUUUACAAAAGCCUGUAAUUUUACUUCUGUCUUCUCUUCGAACAAAAAAAUUUUCAGUUGUACCAAACAGUAGUCAAGAUUGUAAGUUUGUGAAUGUUUCCAGAAACCGUGUAUCAUGCCAGUCCGGUGAAUGUAGUGCCAUUUACAGUUUUUCUACUCGUAAAGUCAUAUACUUGUGCGAAACAAGUAAUGUUUGUCCUCAUCUGCAGGCAAUGAAAGACCACAAAAAUUUAUGGAUGAAUGGUAAUGAUAUUGAAGAAGACAUUGAAGAUGAAGAUGAGGAAGCAUUUAUUGAUAAUGAGGAAGAUGAGAAUGAUUUGGAGGAUACUUUUCAACCAGAAACUACUCAAACAAAGAGGACAAAUUUUUUUAAUCCGGCAACAGGACUUUGGGAUUUCCCAAGUUUGAGUGAGCACAGACCCAAGGAGGAAGAUGAUCCAGCCUUACAACGAGCAAUUAUAAAAAGAUUAGCUGUAUUUGAUGGUGCAGAAGGAGUUGUUCGAGACACUAAAGGGUAUUUGACCGGAAACAAUCCACUUGUACUCUUUCCUCCUGUAUUAGAAGACGGAUGUCUUUGUGGGGCCGGCUACUCUGAUGAUGACCAUCCAAAUGGGGUAUUGACCGAGGUGAAGUACAGGACAGUGGUGUUUUUGACAAACGGACCAGCUAGAUUUGAAGUAUUUGGUAGGAAUUGCUUGGCAGCAAAUGCAGAGUGCCAAGUUCAAUAUGGUGGAUCUUCAGACAGCCUCCAUUUUCUUUCAAAGGAAACUGCUGCAGGAGAUGAGAUUGGCUGGGAUUUUGUAGAUCAUGCAUUGAACACUCAUGUCACUUUCAGUGCAUAUUGCAAAAUCAUGAGCAAAAAAUACAGGAGAAAUUUUCUUAAUUCAGCUAAAUUUAUGUCCCCUCAAACAUUCAUUGCUUGGUGGUUUUCAUGGAGUAGUAAAUUCAAGACUGAUUUCAGAAAUCCUUGUUCUAUCUGCAAAUACAACCCAAAAUUCUUAGCAUGUGAUGGCACUAAAAUUGGUAUUAGCUUUAAAAAUGCAGAUACAGAUCCAAUAGAAAAACCAACUUCAACAGAAAAAAUUGACCCAUGUCACAGAAGAAAUGAUCGUUGUUUCUUGAAUUUCAAUAGCGAAGAACAACCGGAUGCUAUAAUAAGAAAAUGCAGAGAUCACCUUGCAUACACAUCAAAAAAAGCACUUGGACAAUUAAAUCAGACAUUAGAAUUUGAAGAAGAACUCAUUAGAAAUACACUCCUUAUUGAAACAGUUUCUGGUCAGUGUUCAAACAUCAUGCGCAAAUUUGUAUGUAAUGAGUAUCCUGAGUCUGUACAGAAGAAAUUAGCAGUUAUAUUCAAGUUUUUGUCAACAAAUCAUUCUUUGUCAUCAUUGAUUCCUUUUCGCUACACAGAUCUUUUGGAUUCUAUUUUGUUGGAAUUGAGAACAUCUACACAAAACCACAGAAUAAAUUUGAUAUCUGAUUUUUCUCCAGAAAUUCGUGAUACUUUAUAUGCUGCUUUACCUUAUGAACAGUCAUUUUCUGAUGUUAUUUCUUUAUUUCAGUAUCUUGUCCUAAGAAUCCAACGUAUAAGAGAAAAGAAUAAAGAUCCAGCUCCUGCUGUCCGUCAGCCGUCUACGUACAAUCCUGAAAGAUAUGGUGCAGCUUACUACUUUACACCCAGUGGAGAGAAGCUUAGAGACAUUCCAAUUUAUACCAUGAAUGAAAAUGCACAUUCAAAGAAUUAUGAUGACCCACCUACUAGGUCUGAUGAGCAGUGUAAUAAGAUAUACCCCGAGGUCUCCAGACGUGGUACUACAUACUUAUUUCUUUGGUUUGACCCUAAGCACUAUGGUCAUUGUUAUGGUUUUCAUAUCAUUCCAGGAUCUGAAGGGAGGAAAGACCCUUUCUCUUCUGCCUAUUCAUACUUAGAACAUGCUCCAGAAGAGGUAUUUUAUGAUUUUUCAUGUCAGUUUGAGGAGUACUGUCUGAACAGGGAACCUGGUUUCUGGGAGAAUACCCGAUUUUGGCACGAUUUAUUUCAUGGCUACAGUCACAAAUGUCCUUUCUGCUACAAAUCCCAAAGAAUUUGUCCAUUGCAGGGCUUGAACACGGAAAUAUGCGAGCAGUUCAACUCAUUCAUUCAGAAAAUCAAAUAUUCUGCCAGAUCUAUGUCAUUGGGAAAAUUUUGCUUUUACCUUCAAUACAUGAUUCAUCAGUGGUGUGAAAUGAAACGCUCGUCAUUUGAACAGAGAUGUGAUAUAGCAGCUGCAUAUUUAGCCUGAAUUGACAACAACAAAACAAUAUUAGAUACACCUAAUCUGGUCAUUUAUACAAGUUAGUUUUUUCUUUGAAUUCCGACAAUAUAAAAAUAAUGAGAAUUGGUAUGAUUGCCAAUGAAAAAGCUAUCAACCAAAGUCCAAGAGCUGUGCAUGUUAGCAAUUAUAUUCCACCAUAUGGCCUUCAACAAUAAAGAAGAAAAAAAAAUAAAGUACAUUCUAUGGUGUGAACAAAAAAUAUAUGGUACAGUAUGUGCAUUUUCAUUCAUGGCAUAUUGGUUUGUAAGCAGUGAGGAUAAACAAAAGGUUAAGUAGAAAAGUAUAUUGUCAUAACAAAGAAUUAUUUUCAAAUAAAUAUGAGAGAAAAAAAAAAAUGGGGAUGAUUCUUCAAAUAUAAUGUGACAAAGAUCUGUAUUGAUUUUGAGAACAGUUUGUUAAAUAAAUGUCAUUUUUUUUUUCAAUAUGAUGCUUCCAAAUAAAUUCUGAAUUUCAAUUUUUUUCUGACAGAAAUUUGAAUACAGAGCAGUAUGUGGUAACAGUCAAUAAGGGACACCUAACAAUCCCCCAAAAACUGAGAGAAAAAAUAAAGUAUGCUUAAUCUCUUCAUGAUUGCAUCAUGGUUAACGAAGAAAAUUGUUCUUGGUUUGAUCUAAACCUGUGUUUUGAUGUGAAUUAAAUAAUUUCCAUUUUAAAUGUAUACUGGCUCUGUUGUUUGUUUGUUCUUUUUCAGGUCAGAAGAACCAGAGAACUAUCAAUGAAUUCUUAAAGGAUGUGGUCAAGAAGAUGAAAGAAGCUGUUGUCUGUCAAGGAGAUAUUAUGUUUUUAAAUUAACUGACAAUUUCAUUGUUGUUAUUGUCAUUAAUUGGCACAAAUGACUUGCAGUUCUAUUUAUUAUUACUUGUUCAUAUACUAUGUUGUAAAUAAGAACAAUUUUAAUUAUCAUUUUUGAGUCUGCAAAUUUAAUGUAUCAGACUCAUGACUGUAAUCGUACAUUUCUAUGAUCUGAAAUGAAUUAUUUUUUUGA